CUCACCACCUCUCCUUUGUCUCCUGGACUUGCCUAAGGGUUUUGCCUUGGCUUGUGAUUGUCUUUUAUUCCUAAAUAAACCUAUCUUUUGCUGAUAAAAUAUUCAAUAAAGUCAAUCAAAUCUUCAAAUUGACUCAGUUGAAUUUUGUGUUGCUUUUUUUUUAACAGGGUCUGAAAUGCCCAGUGUUUAUCAUCCACUUGGUUAAGCACAGAUCUCAGCCACCAUAAAAAUGCCUACCCAGGAAAUCAACCUCUGAGUACCCCUAGUAAGGCCAAGUCCCAUGCCCAGACUUGGUGGAGUACAAAGUCCUUUCCACCAGAUUCCUCGUGUUUUCAUCUCCAGACCACAGUUUUUCAGAUAGCUCUGCAACUUCCCACAUCAGGUUCUUUCAGGGACUUUGAGUUUUUUCCUGCAUCAAUCACACACUCAGGCCGGUGGGCCACACUUGGGAGCCCUCGAUCGGAUUCUAGACCGAAAUUCCUGAAGCGUGGAGACAGGAAUUCAGAUUCCGCCCGGGCGGCGCCAUUUUUUCCGCGCAGUCUGGCUCCAGACUACAUUUCCCAGAGGUCCCGCGACCCUACUCAACUUACAGUUUUGAGUUUGUUCCCACGCAAGCUGGACUUUAACCUCCCCGCGGAGAGUAGGGGGAGCCUGUGGUAGGCGUGGCUCUGCUCGGCUUGUUUGGAGCUAACCCUGGAGUGGCUCGAGCCUGUCUCCAAGGGAAGAGAGAAUAAAGCUGAAGAGAGAAGAAAGAAGAGUAGAACUGAAUAGUGCUUAUGAUCCUGAGUCAUGACUGAGCAAGCAGUGAUGUUCAGAGAUGUGGCUGUAGACUUCUCACAGGAGGAGUGGGAAUUUUAGGACUUGAAGCAGAGGAACUUGUACAGAGAUGUGAUGUUGGAGAACUACAGCCACUUGGUCUCAUUGGGACUCUCUCUUUCUAAACCAACUUUGAUUUCCUUUUUGGAACAAGAUAAUGAGCCUUGGAUUGUUGAGAAAGAGUCACCAAAAAGCCUAUACCCAGAUGUGAAAUCCCAAUGUGCAACAAAGGAGUUAUCAUCAAAGGAUGACAAUUAUGAAAUGAAGUUAUCUCAAAGGAAGAAAAUGGAAAGACUUACAAGCCAUGACUUUGGAUGUUCCAUUUUUCAAGAUGAUUGGAAGUAUAAUCAUCAUUUUCAGACAGAACAGAGAAAUCAAGAAGAAUAUCUUAAAGCUGUGACAGUCACCCAUGAAAAUAUGCAAAGUCUCAGUCAACGAAUAUCCUAUAGUCUACAUCAGAUAUAUCAUACUGGGCAAAAACCCUAUGAAUGCAGAGAAUGUGGGAAAGUCUUCAAUUACCACUCGCUGCUAAUUCACCAUGGGAGAAAUCACACCAAAGAAAAAUGCUAUGAAUGUAAGGAUUGUGGAAAGGCUUUUAGCAGUUGCUCAAAAUUUACUGGACAUCAGAGAAUUCAUAAUGGAGAAAAACUCUAUGAAUGUAAUGAGUGUGGGAAAGCUUUCCACCACCCCUCAAAUCUCAUUCGACAUCAGAGAAUUCAUAGUGGAGAAAGACCCUAUGAAUGUAAAGAAUGUGGAAAGGCUUUUAGUCGUGGCUCACACCUUACUCUACACCAGAGAAUUCAUACUGGAAAACCCUAUGAAUGCAAAGAAUGCAGAAAAGCUUUCAGUUACCACUCAUCCCUCAUUCGACAUGAAAAAACACAUACUAAAGAAAAACACUAUGAAUGUAAAGAAUGUGGGAAGGCUUUUAGCAACAGCUCAGUUCAGGGACAUCAGAGAGUUCACAGUGGAGAAAGACCCUAUGAAUGUGGGGAAUGUGGGAAAGCCUUCCAUCACCACUCAAUCCUUAUUCAACCUCAGAGAAUUCACACUGGAGAAAGACCCUAUGAAUGUUAACAAUUGUAAUAAAGCCUUCCAUUAUCAUUCAAAUCUUAUCGGACAUCAAAAUAUUCAUUCCAGAGCAAAACUCUUUUGAGUGUAAGGAAUGUAGACAGUCCUUUAGUCAUAACAGAGAACUUUCACACCAUCAUCGAAUUCAUACUGGUGAAAAACUUUAUGAAUGUAAGGAAUGUGGCAAAUCUUUUGGUCAAGGAGCACAACUUAUUCAUCAUCAGAUAAUUCACACUGGUGAGAAACCCUAUGAAUGUAAGGAGUGUGGGAAGGCCUUUAUCCGUGGUUUGUGUCUUACUAGACAUGAGAAAAUUCAUAUUAGAGAAAGAAAAUCUCUAGUAUUGUAAUGAAUAUAGACAAUCCUUUGCUUCUAAGUAAUCUCUUAUGGGACAUCAGAUAAUUACUAGAUGAGAACUCUGAAUGCAGCAAGUAUAGGAAGGUCUUUUGCUUUAUUUUAUAAUUUGCAUCAGAGAAUUCAUGCAGGAGAAAGGUCACAUGAAUGUAAUAUAUAAUAAAUUUUUAUUUAUCUUAA